AUGGUCUCGAGACCCUCGUUAUCAGAAGAUGUGAGGCAAGCGUCAGAUGCCACGGCCCGGGCACAGGGCAUGAAUGUAAUGCCUGGCACAGAUCCCACUGCUAAAUCGCUUGUAUCUGGUAGUGGUGUAAGUGUCUCAAUAAAUCUGGCUGAGCCGGCUUUGUUCUUGCAAGGCUUCGAGCAGAACGACAUGGCUGGCGGCAAUACGGCUAUGCUAAGAGGAACCCUACACCUGCGUGUAACAAAGGCUGCCAAAAUCAAGGCAGUCACUUUGAAAUUCAAGGGCAGAGCAACCACAAAAUGGCCUGAAGGUAUCCCUCCACGCAAAGUCGACUUUGAAGAGGUUGACAACAUCAUGAGCCACACUUGGCCAUUCUUCAAUGCUCAAUUCCCCACCGCCGAAGCGGGACCCUGCGCAGAUCACGUAGAACUCUUCAAGUCCGGUGCAUCCUCGAACACUUCAUCUUUUGGAAUCGGCAAAUCGCCGAACGUCUCAACAACCAAUCUGACCACAAAGGAUCAACGAAGGUUGUCGUUACAAGUCAACCAAUCGCGCAGUUUUGGCAAGGGAGAAUCUUCCACCAAUGGUCCCUCAGUAGCACAGAAGGGCUACCGCACUUUCAACCCCGGAGACUAUGUCUACAACUUCGAGCUUCCCAUUGACAGCAGAUUGCCCGAGACGAUCGAUGUGGAUUUGGGCUCGGUCAAGUACGAGCUCGAAGCAGUUGUAGAACGUGCCGGGGCCUUCAGAGCCAACCUCGUCGGAGUACGUGAGGUGCAAUUGAUCAGGGCCCCCGCUGAAGGCUCCUUGGAACAAGUUGAGCCGAUUGCGAUCAGUCGAAACUGGGAAGACCAGCUCCACUACGACAUUGUCAUUUCUGGAAAAUCUUUCCCAUUAGGAGCACAAGUGCCCAUUGCGUUCAAGCUGACUCCGUUGGCCAAGGUACAGUGCCAUCGUAUCAAAGUGCUCGUAACGGAGAACAUCGAGUAUUUCUGCAGUAACAAGCGUGUUCAUCGAAUGGAGCCUACAAGGAAGGUGCAACUUUUCGAAAAACGGGCAGACACGGCACCCACCAGCACUUUCCCUGGUAGUUCGAUGCGUGUGACAUCAGGAGGCGGCGUACCAUACGAUCAACGCGCGCGCGCCGCUGCUGGAGAACAAGUACAGACAUCGGAUCCAACAAACCUUCUCGGCAACCUGGAAGGCGAAAACAUCGGACCCACCGAAAUGGAAUUCAACGUACAACUGCCGAAUUGUACAUCGAACCGGGAGAGAGAACGAGCAACUAGGCUGCACUUUGACACGACCUAUCAAAACAUCCAGGUGCAUCAUUGGAUCAAGAUCGUCAUGCGCCUCUCGAAACCCGACGCCGACAACCCAGGAAAGCGUAGACAUUUUGAAAUUUCUAUCGACUCCCCCUUCCACAUCCUCUCGUGCCGCGCAACCCAAGCAAACACUUCGCUACCCGCCUACACUAGCCCCGAGUCUGCAUCAAGAGAGAGUUCGCUGUACGAAUGCGGCUGUCCAAACGCUCUCCCUCGUCGCAACUCGCCCACUUCAUACGUCCCUACUUUGAACGCUUUGAACGGCAUGAGGGAGUCGACGGUCCCACCAACCAUCACCGCUCCUAGCUUAGCUCGCCCACAAGCUGCGCAUUUGACCGGUGCACAACCUCAUAAUCUUGAUCGCCCUAUUCAUCUAUUGCGUGCUCCUUCAUUCAACCCACCCGCUUUUGAGGACGAGGAACCCCCACCGCCGCUCAUCACUCCUCCUCCGCAGUACGACAGUAUUGCAAGUCCGACCUCUGGUCUGGCGGACUACUUUGCACGCCUGUCAGAUGCAUAUGAUGAUGACGAGGACAGCGAUGAUGCCACCGGCAGCCGCGGCCGUGUUGACGUUCCUCUGACACCCGGCGCCAGAGUGAACAGGAGUAUGGAUGUCAGUAGGAGUUGGAUACCCCUUGGAGCGCAACUCCACGGUUGA